AUGAAGCUCAUCAUAACUGGUGCAAGCGGCUUCGUAGGAACGGAGUUGCUUAAACAGAGUCUUCGUAUCCCUGCAAUAAAGACAGUCAUUGCUCUUACUCGAAAACCGCUGGUCAUACAAGCAGAAUCUCGUUCCGAUGCCGAUCACUCAAAGCUGAGAAAUAUCGUUGUUGAAGGUUACGACCAGUACUCUGUCGAAACUAAAGCAGAGUUCGCCACUGCUGAUGCAUGUAUCUGUGAUCAUCCGUGGGGCAAUAGGACUGUGGCUAUCACACCCUCAAAAUCGACAUUAUAUGACUGGAAUGAGAUUUGUCGAGUUUGCUACGAAUCACCUCUCGCCGGGUUGCGAGCAAUGCUGGAAGCCCGUGGCUCUUUGACGGCUAAUACUGAAAACCUUACACCGUUCCGUUUCAUAUACAUGAGUGGUGCCAAAACAGAGAGAGACCAGUCCAAAACUCCGAGCUUCAAGCCUGAGUACUCACUUUUGCGGGGAAGAACUGAAACUGCGGUCCUGGCUCUCGCUAAAGAGCAUGAAUCACAACUCGAUGCCUGUAUUGUUGAGCCUGGACUGAUAACAGCACCUAACGACUUCUUGAAAAUGGCUGUUGCGUGUGCAUUGUGGUGGACUGUGUCACUACCAAGUAUUGGGGUUAGCGAAAUCUCGGCUGCCAUGCUGAAGCAGUCCUUAUCUGGCUUUGAGAAGGACACACUUGAAAAUCACGAUCUUCUUCGUUUGGGAGAAAGUGAACUAUAA